AUCUCUUUAUCUCUGAGCCUCCACUAAGCUAGCAGGCUAACGCGCAGCGCCUCUCCGUUUUACUCUCACGACAACUUUCCGCAUGACGUGGAGAAGCAAAGCAGUGUCCGAGGUUAACGUGGUUGAAUACGCAACGACGAAUGGAAAUGUUCAUGAAUACUAAUCUCACCAAGGUUCACGGGCAUACUCCUCCAUGUUUGUUGUCGUGAAGAGAGCGCUGCUACGUCAUCAUUGUGCGCGCCGUUGAGGGAAGUCGUGUCUCCUCGAAGAGACGAUUGUCUUAAACACAGAAAGGAUGCCUCUACCUGCAGCACUGCUGGCCCGCUUGGCCAAGAGAGGGAUUGUUAAACCGUCAGACCAAGAGGCGGACGAGGAGAUUAUUGCUGAAGAUUACGAUGACAACAAUGUGGAUUAUGAAGCUACGAGAGUGGAGAGUCUUCCCCCAAACUGGUAUAAAGUGUUUGACACGGCUUGUGGUCUUCCUUAUUACUGGAAUGUGGAGACAGAAUUGGUGGCCUGGCUGUCCCCAAACGACCCAACUGCAGUGGUAACAAAACCUGCCAAGAAAAUUAGAGCCGAGGUAGGAGAUGAAAGAAUUGAGAGGCCGUUUGAGAAGCUAGAGAGAGAGCGAGAGCGGGAACGAGAAAAAGAGCGUGAAAGAGAAAGAGAACGGGAACGGGAAAGAGAACGAGAUCGAGAGAGGGACGAGGGGAGGGACAGAGACCGAAGAAAGCCGAGGAGAGAGGACGCGGCACCGUACAGUAAGAACAAAAGAGGGAAAAAAGACGAUGAGAUGGACCCCAUGGAUCCAAGUGCUUAUUCUGAUGCCCCAAGGGGCUCGUGGUCAACUGGCCUGCCCAAGCGCAAUGAAGCGAAGACGGGUGCCGACACCACAGCGGCCGGGCCCCUGUUCCAGCAGCGGCCCUACCCCAGUCCAGGGGCCGUGCUUCGGGCUAACGCAGCCAACCAAAUACCCAAAGAGUAAGCCGAGCUCCCAGGAAACCGCUAACCAAGACACAGCUGUACAGUUCGUCUUCCUUUUGCUGGAACAGGCUGAUGCCUUACGGUUUCUUUUCAUUCUGAAACGUGUGUAAAUGUCGGAAAUUGAGUGCUGAGCUUUUACACCUCCAGUGCUUUUUAUUCUCGUCAAACAUGUAGAAAUGUUGUAAAUACUUUUUUAUAUGACCUAAAGAUUGACCUCCUUGUUAUUAAUGCCAUUAGUGGACUUUAUUUGCUAAUAAAUCUAAUGAUUACUGUGA